AUGUCUCAGUACCGCCAUCUGUCUACUGUUGACCCGGAGUUUGCGGUCAUCGCUAAUCAGUUCCCGCGUGACGCUCUCGAGCACGACGUGGUAGCUCUCCGGGAGAAGCAGAGACAAAGCAAUAGUAUUCUGCAGGAAUAUCUCAAACCUCGUCUCCCUCGAGAGUCAGAACUGCGUGUCAUAGACCAUAAAGUUCCGGUCGAAAACGGGGAAAUCACGGUUCGAAGUCUAGUACCGAGCGCCACUGCUGAAGGGAAGACUUUCCCUCUCCUUGUCUGGUUUCAUGGUGGAGGAUUCAUACUCGGUGAUCUCGACAUGGACGACUACCGCCUGAGAAUCCUGUGUGUCGAACUUCAAUUAUCUAUUGUUAACGUAGAGUACAGACUUGCACCUGAACACCGCUACCCCGUGUCAUGGAAUGACUCUUAUAGCGCUACCAAAUGGGCCGUAGAUAAUGCAUUGCUCCUCUCAGCAUCCCUUGACAAGGGCUUUAUUGUCGCAGGACUUUCGGCUGGGGCUAAUAUCUCAGGCUACAUAGCGCACCGUGCGCGCGACGAUCCGUUCUUCUCGAAGACACCCCUAACAGGCCACGUCAUGCAAGUUCCACCUGUGCUGAACCCUGAGGCUCCGGAGGUAGAGAAGUAUGGAGCUGAGUUACUCUCCAUGGAGCAGAAUAAAGACGGCCCGGUCUUGACGCGUGAAGGAAUAUUCAACUUUACACGUAUUACCGGAAUUCCCAAAGACGACCGUAUCUUUUCUGUGCUGCUUCAGCCAUCGCACGCUGGUAUCCCACCACUCUAUGUUCAGAUAAAUGGCCUAGACCCGUUACGUGACGAGGGACUGCUCUAUGCGAAGUUGGUCGAAGAGGCAGGCGUAAAGACGAGAGUCGAUAUCUAUCCAGGUGUCCCUCAUGGUUUCAACUAUUUUGUUCCACAGAUAAAGGCAGCUAUAAAAGCAGACAGGGACCUCGACGAAGGAAUCAAAUGGUUGUUGAGCUUGGCCAAUGACUCGGAUAGCUUGGGUUAA